ACCAGCUGGUCGUGCUAGAUUCGACAAGAGAAGCGGUGGAGUGACAUCUGUAAUCAUACAUAAUCCACCUUUUGGAUCGUUGACGCAGCUUCCAAGCUACUUCGCAAUCGUAAUCGUAAUGCCAACCUUUUACAUCAGUGUGGCCGUGUCGCUCGCACAGCUUUGAUGUAGAUUAAGUUGGAAGGUUGAAGCUGAUUGAAGUUAUUCGCGAAAGAGAAACACGAUGUCUUCCGCAAAUGCAGACGGAGAGAAAAUUCGGGGUAUACGCACCCAGCAGCCCUACACCGGAAUCUGGGAAGGCCGGGCGGGAAAAGAGACCAGCGCGAAAAGCCCAGCAGAGACAACAGAUCAGCCGAAGGGGUAAUUUUUACUUUGUGGGUCAAGCAAAGCGUGCUCGUUUGCGAUUUUGUUCUCGAGGCAUUUUAUUUUCGCUCUUUCGGUCCCGAUGCUUUGGCUAGCGUUCGCUCCGUGAGUCGCCCACAACGCAAACAGGUUUCGCUCUGCUACGCUUGGCGCAGUGGAAUAUGGGUCCAGAAUAGGCAAGGCGUCAGGCUGCCGGUAUGUGGGUUUGUUUUCUCGACUCCAAUAAUUUUCCUUGAAUGUGCAUGUACCGCUUCGCAUGUACCGCUUUGGCCACACAAAGCGCUGCAACCAUAACAUCGUCCAAUCGCAAUGAAAACAGGUACGAGACCGUUCCCACUGGGUAUUCGACGCCGUAUCUGCAUGCCGCUCCGUACCCGACCGACAACCAACUUUUUAAAGUUGCAACCGAGCAUUUGGAAUACGGGAAGGCCACCCGGCACUUUCAGCAGAACAAGCCAAAAAAUGAACUGUUGACGAAAAAACCAUUUGCAGACGAACUUUUCGAGAAGUCUAUUCAUCCCAUGUUUCGCCAGGAUGUGGCAAUUGUGAACGGAAAUGAACAACACGACAGCAAACCACCUGCAACAUGAAAGCAAACUUUCAAUCCAACUUGACGCGAUCUCGAGGCAGGACGUACAG